AUGAACCAGCCAUCGCCAGGAGACGUAUUCUCAUCUCCCCGGAUGUCGAACGAGUCCGAUCUACGCCCUCCCUCCCCGCACAAUAACCUCCAGCAACCGCCCGAUAUGCCACAAGGCGCUCCACCACCCCAGCCAGGAAAUACCCCCGGGGGUCCUGGGGCCAGUAACGGUCGAGUGAUGUUGCCCGCCAGCGAUCUACAGGCCCGUCUCACUGUCAUGAGGCCGAUAUUACUCCAGCAGGAAGCCACUAUCCAGAAUCUGAAUCAGCGAUUGAAUGCUAUCAGAGGAACGAAUCCACCUGAAGAGGCCAAAAUUCUGGAAAGGAUCAAGGAGGCUAGUGCUUAG